UAAGGUUUCUCACUAAUCCACCUUCCUAAAAAAGACAAUCAUUCCAUCACAUGACAAAAUAAAGAAACUCUUUUCUUACUCCACUAAACUCCAAACUAUACCUUCUUAAAUUCCCACAAUCCACAACUUUUAAAAUCCUUUUUACAUUAAAAGUUCAUAUUUUUCAGCCAUGAAUAACCAAAAUCAUACCCAAAUUUCAAGCUCAAACAAAUCAAUCCCAAGAUUAAAACUUUUAGAUUUUUCCCUUAGAAUUUCUGUUAUUCCUCUUAGUAUUGCUUCUUUAUGUCUCACUAUUAACACCAAUGAAGACAAUCCUGAUUAUGGAAGCAUUAAAUUCCUCAAUUUCUCAGGACUCAAGUACAUGGUUGCUGUUGCUGCCAUUGCUGCAGGGUAUGCACUAAUUGCUGCAAUUUCAACUUGGAUUAGUUGUUUAGUUAACAAAGCUUGGGUUUUCUUUAUCUCUGAUCAGGUGAUGGCCUACUUGAUGGUGACAUCAGGAACAGCAGGAGCAGAGAUAAUGUACUUAGCAUACAAAGGUGAUAUUGAAGUUUCAUGGAGUGAAGCUUGCAGUGCAUAUGGGAAAUUCUGCACUAAUUUGAAAAUUGCUGUCAUUCUUCAUUUUUUAGCUCUUUUUUGCUUCCUUUUUUUGGCUGUCAUCUCUGCUUUUAGGGCUUUCUCUAUGUUUGAUCCUCCAUUUAUUAAUACUCAGUUAGAUGAAGUAGAAAGGACUUGAUUUAGUUAAUGCUCUCAACUAAUUACUCUUUCGUUUUGUAAUCUUUUGAUGCCCUUUAGAUUAGCGAUUUAAAGGUUAUCUAUAUAUGAUAUUAUGUUUUUAACUUUGGUUUUAUA